UGAAGCUAAUAUUAAAAAAGUAAAACAAAUAUUUCCGGGUUACGGAAGCCCUCAAGAGCUUCCGGGUUGACUUCGGCUAGCAGGAAGUCAAGUGUAACAGUUUGAAAGAUGGCGGCGCACACGCAAAAGAAUAACAAGCCGGGGAAAGCUGCGGGGAAAGCUGCGGGGAAAGAGGCCCAGCCUCUGAUCAUCGCCAAAACCCCGGCGGAGGAACAGCGUCUGAAGCUGGAGAGGUUGAUGCGGAACCCGGACAAGCUCGCUCCAAUCCCCGACCGACUCAAAGAAUGGAACCCGCGGGCUCCGCCGGAGUUCGUCCGGGACGUGAUGGGCUCCAGCGCCGGCGCAGGCAGCGGCGAGUUCCACGUUUACCGGCACCUCCGCCGCAGAGAGUACCAGAGACAGGACUUCCUGGACAAGGUGUCAGAGAAGCAGAACAAGGACGUGGAGUAUCUGGACAAGGUGGAGCAGAACAAGCAGGCGGCCGAGGAGAGGACGGCCAAGCGCAGGAAGAAGCGAGAUAAGAUGAAGCAGAAGAAGCUGAUGGCGAAGAAGGCGAAACAAGAAAGUAACAACAAGACGGAAGACGACACCGAUAAGAGCUCCGACGGAAGUGAAGAGGAAAAGGAGGAGGAGGAGAGAGAGGCUGAAGAUGAUGCUGAGGCUCCAAGCUUCAUCAUGGGGAAGAAAUAAGUGUGUCCUGCUGCUGAGGAGAUCUGAAGAACAAGGAGGCAAAGAGACCCAGUGAAAAGACAAACACACGUGGACCCUGUGUUGUCAUGGGACUGUUUGGACUGUCUAGUUUAAUAGGCAAGACCCCACUAUGGUAGUCAAUGUCCCAGUUUUUUAGAAAAGAAGUUGAGACUCUUCUGAUUCUUUUCAUCUGUCUUACAUCACAUGUCUGCCGAAAGAUAUUUAGGCGUCUCAAUAAUUUGCUGAAGUACGAUUGUUGGGAUUUUGUAAUUUUCAAUAUUGUUUUCAGCAAUGUCAAUGUUUUUAAUAAAAAAAUCACCAUGUAUACAAUA